AUGGAGAGGCUAGAGAUGGCUCACAUCAAGCUGGAGGCUGCUCUUGAGACAUCUGAAAAGUGGCAGAUCACAGAUGCAUCCUUAUUGCGUUGGCGUAGGAAGCUGAAGCGUGCUGCUCAAGAGUGCAAUGACACGCUGCACAAAUGCAAGCAGAGAAUCCUUGAAGAUGAACAAAUGGAACGGGAGGUAAAGAACUCCUCCCUUCCUAACCGUAUUGUGCAUGCUACAAAGUCAUUUGUUUUCUCUAUUCUGAACCGCAUCAACAAUGAGUUGAGCAAGUCCAUUGCCCAAAGAUUUGAAUGGUAUGCAAAUGGUGCUGGUGAGUUUCUGAGAUUCAUAGAGCUUGGUGGCACGCCACGUCGUCACAUGCCCUUUGCUCUCCUCAAGCAGAAGACCUCACUGUCCAAAGACAUAAUUUCUCUGGAAGAUUAUCCAUAUCUGAAAGCCGGGAUCACCUUUGCGCCCCAUGGCUCUUCGGAGGACAUCCUGCCAGCAAAUAGGAGUUCUGAAAUAGCAGCAACAGUUCGCAAGGAGCAAGAUUGCUUGCAUAAAGAUGUUGCCUUGGAACAGCUGGAAGAGAUUAUACUGCCAAGGGCAAUAGAUUACUUCCGCCAGAAUGCCAAAGCGAUGGCUUACCAAAUACUUUGGAAGUCUAAACAUGGCUUUGCACUCAUUUAUGUUGAGAAGCCCUGCAUCAACACAAGGAGAUCAAGCAUGAGAACACGGAGCACUUUUGGGGGAGCUAGGAAAAAAAAUUAUGGACAGGAUGAAGAGACCAAGAACAUGUACGCCUUCUAUACUAGAAGCUCAAGGUGA